AUGGCACGAACUAAGCAGACUGCUCGCAAAUCGACGGGCGGGAAGGCGCCGCGAAAGCAGCUAGCGACAAAGGCAGCAAGAAAAUCUGCUCCUGCCACGGGUGGAGUGAAGAAACCGCAUCGAUAUCGUCCUGGUACCGUUGCGCUUCGUGAAAUCCGUCGCUACCAGAAAUCCACUGAACUGCUUAUCCGCAAACUACCCUUCCAACGUUUGGUGCGCGAAAUUGCGCAAGAUUUCAAAACUGACCUCCGUUUCCAGUCGUCAGCUGUACUCGCACUGCAAGAAGCUAGCGAAGCCUACUUAGUAGGACUCUUCGAAGAUACUAACUUGUGUGCGAUCCACGCCAAACGUGUCACCAUUAUGCCGAAGGAUAUUCAACUUGCUCGGCGUAUUCGUGGGGAGCGAGCCUAA